AUGAUUCCACGGCAAUACCAGCGUCGGGCGGCGACCACUGCAAUAUGUUGUCUCUUACUGCUGCUGGCGAAUGUCAUCUACCUCUUUUCGAGGCACGGGAUGGCGGAAGGCAUGCGCACGGUUGGGUGGAUGCGUGGGAUGAUGCGACGUCCCAUGCCAAGUCUUGUGAACGACACCUCCAUGCAAGCAGACGUGGUAGCUGCCAUGAAAUGGGCGUGGAAUGGCUAUCGAGACCAUGCGAUGGGCCAUGAUUCCCUUGACGUGAUAAACAUGAAUGGUACCGCGUUCUCAGACCAUGACCUCGCUAUUUCGCUUGCGGAUUCGUUGGACACGCUGUUCCUUCUCGGCCUCCACGACGACUUCGACGACGCGGCCACGUGGGCAGAGGCGAACUUACCCCACAAGUUCGACGGCCCUGGCAAAGUCAGCCUCUUUGAAACGACCAUCCGCGUGCUAGGGGGACUACUGGCAGCGCAUCAACUCUCAGGUCGGCCAGGGUUGCUGGAUCUUGCAGACGAUUUAGGCGGCCGCCUACUGCCUGGCAUGCGGAGUUCUUUACUGCCGCGUUCGUUUGUGAGUUUGGAGGAUGCGACGGCCAACGGCCCGAGUUUCCUGGCCGAGUUUACGAGCAUUCAGCUCGAAUUCAAGUACUUGGCAGUGCUUACUGACGACAGCGACUACAGCGAGGCCGUGGAGGACAUUAUGGACACAGUGAGCCAAAGUGUCUUGAGGGAAUAUGUAGAUGGUCUCGUGCCUAUCUAUGUCGACAAUGAGCUAGGCCGAAUUCACCGCAGCCGAAUCAAACUCGGAGCUGGUGGGGACAGCUACUACGAAUACCUUCUCAAACAGUGGGUGUUUUCUGGCAAACGACAAGACCGAUAUCGAGACAUGUACGAGACAGCGGUGACUGGCAUCAUGGACAAGCUGGUGGGCCGGACGAAGAAGUCUGGCUGGGUGUUUCUCGGAGAGCUUGAAGUGAACGGAGACCUGACCCCCAAGAUGGAUCACCUCGUGUGCUUCAUGCCGGGUAUGCUCGCGCUUGGUUAUAUGCACGGGAUGCCGUCGUCCCACUUGGACUUGGCCAAAGCCCUCGGCCGCACUUGCUUUGAGAUGUACAACCAAAUGGCGAGCAACCUGGCGCCCGAGAUUGCCUACUUCAACACCGUCGACGAUUCCAACGACAUUCAAGUUCAUGCGUCGGACGCGUUCAACAUCCUGCGACCCGAGACGGUGGAGAGCCUCAUGGUCCUGUACCGCGUCACGAGAGACGACACGUAUCGGGAGUGGGGCAAAGUGAUCUUUCGAGCGUUCGAGCAGCACUGCAGAUUGCCCCAAGGCGGCUACUCCAGCGUCAACCACGUCGACUCGCCUGCACCGAGUAAGUUCUUCCGCCGCGAAAUGGAGAGCUUCUUCAUGGCCGAGACGCUCAAGUACUUCUACUUGCUCUUUUCAGACGAGUCCGUCGUGCCACUCGACCAGUUUGUCUUCAACACCGAGGCGCAUCCGUUUCCGAUUCAAUGGAGAACUUGA